GGCGCGGCGCAGGCGCACUCGGCGGCGGGCUAAGAUGGCUGAAGCGAAUGUCCUGGCCGCGGGUUCGACGGAGGAGGAGUCCGAGCCGGCCCCGGCAGUCGCAGCAGCAGCAGCAGCAGCAGCCGCCGCCGCCGCUAUGCCGCCGAGCGUGGCCCGGCCAGCCCGGCUGCCUCUGUCUCGGGUGAAGGCGCUGGUCAAGGCCGACCCAGACGUCAGCCUGGCCAGCCAGGAGGCCGUCUUCAUCCUGGCGCGCGCUGCGGAGUUGUUUGUGGAGACCAUAGCCAAAGAUUCCUACAUUUAUGCCCAGCAGGGGAAGCGGAAAACUCUCCAGAGAAAAGACUUGGAUAAUGCCAUAGAAGCAGUGGACGAGUUUGCGUUUCUGGAAGGUACUCUGGACUGAAGUGAGCAAACAGGAAUCCCUGGAAGGAGAGAGAUAAACAGAGGCUCCUGUGCAGAAAGUGCUUGCUCAAGGACAUGAAGGGCCUGCCUCUGUUGGCCAAACCCCUUGGAUUUGAAACAGCCCUGAAUCGUGGAACUCUGUUGUAGACUGCUUUGUAUAUACCAUAACCCUAGUGGUUGCUAUGAAGUCCGCAUGUUGUUAGUUUUUUACUCUAAAUACAUACAUCUUUUUUCCAAACUUA